UUAUCUUUCGCGCAUUCAUUCUGCUGAAGGGAAAAAAAAGUUUGAUGCAAUUGAUUGCCGAAAUAUGUGUUUAUGUGAAGAAUUAAGUGCUACCGCAGCAAUAAAGUUAUGUUGUGAGUUCAACGACAAGAAGACAACUGUACCUUUUGGUUAUAAUGAUGUUGAACAUCGUUAUAGCAUUAGAUAAUCGAUGCCGAAGUAGGCAUACCUUACGCAAGUGGCCUUGUAAUUUCAUAUUUUGCAAUGGAAGUCAAUUUCGGACCAUGUGUAGGCCGAAGUACGGUUGAAGACUACAGGAACGAUUGGUGGCAGAAUUCAUGAAAUCUGCAAAUAAUUGUAGGUUUUGGGAAGUGCAGCAUCACUAAUGAAUUCGUUCGUGGGAAAACUAUCGACCAUCUCUCGGAAGUAUCCUCUUCUUCGUGGGAUGGCUUCCUAUGCUGUCAUUUGGCCAGCAUCAUCAUUGUGUCAGCAGACUAUAUCGGGCAAGGAACACUACGACUACAUGCAGGUGCUUCGAUAUGGCUUGUUCGGAACUUUAUUCGUGGCGCCUACCUUACAUACUUGGAUGAAACUGGCAGCAGAAAUGUGGCCAAGCAUGACUGUGAAAUCUGCUCUUGCUAAGGCAGUAGUUGAACAGUUUUCUUAUGGACCUGCAGCUUGUAUUUGUUUCUUCUAUGGUAUGAGCCUUCUUGAAGGAAAAUCAAUGAAAGAAGCUGCAUUUGAAGUUCAAACAAAAUUUGUUCCAACAUACAAGUAUGGAGUUCUCAUCUGGCCUGUUGCUGCAACCGUCAACUAUACGUUUGUGCCUGAAAGAAACAGAGUUCCUUUCAUAAGUUUAUGCAGUUUUCUUUGGACCAACUUCUUGGCAUUCAUGAAAGAAUUGGAAGCAAAACGUCUUCUUCAACUGAAAACACCACUAUAAUGUUUUCUAGCCACAACAAAAUAGUAUUUAUAAUUAUUAUCAGCUUGUAAUAUAUGUGUAUGAAACAUUCCUGAUAAAUUUCUCAUAAAACAAAAAUAACAUUGCAAGAGAUUGCUGUUAUAUUGUUUUACCAGAUAAAAAAUUUCCAAAUGGUGACAGGUAAUUCUCUUUUUUUAACAUCACUCAAAAUACAAAUAGCUAGUGAUAGCUAUUGUUUGUUUCUGUAUGAUGGAAUUCAUAAGCAGUUACAUGUAUGUUAGUAAGAAGAAAACUAAAAUCGUGUGUAUUUAUUGGGGAAAAAUUUACCUGAAGUUGGCUCUAAUAAUUUUUGAACUUAGUAAAUAGUUGUUUAAAACCCUAAUUGUUAAAUCCAGCAAUAUGUAGUGGUGACAACAGAAUUAUGUUCAGAUAUCUGAUAUUACUGUAUUAUUAAUUUUAUUACCAAUUGUGUGUGUGUGUGUGUGUGUGUGUGUGUGUGUGUGUGUGUGUGUGUGUGUGUGUGUGUGUGCGUGUGCGUGCGCGCGCGUGUGUGCGUGUGCGUGCAUGUGUUUAAUAUCAUGAUUUAGAAAUAAAUCUGUAGCCACUACCUAUAUUUUAACAACAUGGAUUGUUGUCCUUUGGUAUCAGUUUCAUGUAGCACAGUCAAUAUGUUGUUUACAACUUGAAUGAAGUCAUACUGUUCCUUGCAAUGCUGAUAUUGCCUGUUUUGAAGUAUUCAAAGAAAUCUCAUUGAAUAAGUGUCACCAGUAUUAAAAAUUUUUGACAUACAUUAGCACAAAUACAUUUGUUGAUUACAGUGA